CCCCAUCUGUGCGGCCCAGGUAUGAGCAACGGGCGCACUCCUCCUACGGGCCUCGAGCAACGGGCGCCUCCUCCCACGUGCGAAUGGUUGUUCUCUGGGGACCCACGUCGUGGACAAAUCGAUACUGGUUUGGCUGGAACUGUUUCUUUUUUUGUCGCGGCAAAUCGUCGAUAUACGCCUGGGGUGAAACAUCACGCUGAUACGACAUCUCCUUGAAACGUAUCGGCUCCACCGGUGAGGAAGAGGAGGAAAGAGGAGGAGGAGGAGGAGGAGGAGGAGGAGCGAGGAGGAGGGAGGGAGAGGCGAAACAGUCACCGCGUAUCAACGGGGUAAACCAUGGCGCUGCCACCUCCUGUCGAAAGUUAGUGUGGCCUCCUGCCACCUGGGCCGAUGGCCUGCGGCAGGCGACGGCUCCUGCGGCAGUCGCUGCGGGAAGCGCGGGGCGCCCCAGGCAGAAGGGCGAUCGCGUCCGCAUCGUGGAGGGCCAGUUCGCGGGGCGCACUGGCACGGUCGUCGGUGCAGGCGACAUCGAUGGCGCUGGGCCGCGCACGAAGCUCGCCUUCGAGCCGUUCGGCAACAUCGUGCGGGAAGUAAAGAGUGUCAUUGGUCCCGCCUCACGGCUUGCAGACAAAAAUUAUCCUGGCGAAGGACCCAACCAUAUGCAAUUGUGAAUAACGAAGGAGUGAACGCGGGGCGCUGUCUCUUCAAAACGAGGACCCAACACCACAGGAUGGUUGGGAAAAAACAAUUUUGCACCAGUGUUCCAGUGCAUCGGAAACCUUCUGGGCAUCAAGCGCCGCACGACCACGGAAGUGGUUAGUCGCCCGGAACAGGCAUACGUGGCGAGUGCUGCCAGGCUGAGCUCGCAGGCUGGGAUCAUAUGAACUCCUAUUUACAAAAAACAGAGGGGCAGAACCAUAUGUAAAUUGUACAUAUAUAUUACUGGCGGAUGCUGCCAGGCGAGAGCUCCGGCGAGCGUCCGACCGGCGCGGCGGUGGGCUCGACUCGGCAGCCUCUCUGCGCAGCGCCUCAAGAGGUCCGGCGUCGUGCGGCCUUCCGCUCCCCCUCUGCAGCCACGCGCGGCGGCUGGUGUGGUGACUCCAGCUCCAGGGGCCCUCACCGACCCUCAGCGGCCCCUGGUAGCAGCCGAGAAGGGAGCAACCGCACAACGAGACUCCUUGAUGGCCUUGGCGUAAGGCUGCACCCAGUAAUGUGUGUGAUUGUGUUCUGCAGCAGUGUAUGCGGCGAGCACGGCAUUGUCCGACAUAUUGAUUGAUGGUCUAAAACCAUCAUUCGAAGACUUGACUGGGUCGUCCCGUUUGUAGAUGUGAGAACCAAGUGUGGACGAAUGCUCGACCUUCAGACCCCCCGGCGGAAAGCAGGCGAGCACGUUGUCGGUUAUAUCGAUGUCAAACAUAUAUGUGUGAUACCUCGUACUGAGAACCAUCCACUCUUCUAUCCAAUUAUGAGGGCCCCAGCUCAAUUCAUCUGGCUUGUGUCGAAGGGCCCAGUUCAGAAAACGUUCGUCCCCACAUGUAUGAGCGCAAACCUGGUCCACACAUUGUUGUUUGAUCCCAGACGUCUUCCAGAAAUCUUUCUUUGAGCGUGGCGCCCAACCAUGGUGCCAACACACUUGUUUGAGAGCAGACCUCAUCCAUGGAAUUUCCUCACGUACGGGCAACAAGAAAAGCGUACUCUGCGCGCAGGGCUCUUUCAGAAUAGAACCAAGCCCACGCCACAUGUGAGAGCCUGAUAUGGACCAAUUGCAACGUUCACGCAACACUCCUUGAAGAAAAUUGUCACGCGCUUGAUUGACCGCUAACCGACCUGUGGCAAAAUAAUAUUUGAUUGUUUCGCCCGCAGUCUUAGCAGAACCUCCGACGAAAAUGUGAGUCAGACCGUUCAUGCGGACAUACUCUCUCAUAUUUUCACAUAGGUCGUUGACCUUCCAACAUCUUAAACGUCUGACACUACUUGAAAACAUGAUGUCGUAUGAGCUCGCUGGCUUGCACAUGGCCCAUCGUGUAAUAGACAGGGUCCAUAUUACUGCGGAGAGGGUUCCAACUACAUGUACUGAUCGAGAUAACAUGAAUUGGUCAAAACUCGAAUCAAAUGCUUGAAUCCAAAUGGCUACGGAGGACAUCAACAUCCUCUUGUGCCGUCUUGGGAUCUUUGGACCAACCCUCCAAAG